UUUUUUUUUUUUUUUUUUGGGUUUUGGUUGGCUCUGAUUUUGUGUUCUGUGUUUGUUUGACUCCGAAGAAAACACUGUAGCUUUCUUUCUAUCUGGAGGCUCUCUCUAUCUCUCUCUGCGUGUUCUUUGGCUUUUCUUCGGAUUAUUGAUGCUUUCGUUGUGAAUUUAUUAUUUUCUCUUUUCUUUUCUUUUCUUUUUCUUUCUUUUUUUUGGGGAGAUUUUGGCGAUGUGUGGACCAACCUAUACGCGUGUAUUUGAUUUUACGUUUGGCUUUGCGAUUUCUUGUGGCUUCGUAAGAGAUGUUUGAUUGGGACGACGAAGAGCUUGCAAAUAUAAUAUGGGGUGAGGCUGCUGAAAGUGAUGACCAUAUUGUGCCUUAUCCUGAGGCAAGCGAAGAUUGUGGCAACAAGAAGGAAUUGAACCAAGAAGCUUCUAUUACUAAACCUACUGAGCAGAAGACACCUGGAGCUAAAAUUGACUUGCAUGGGAGGAAGUUAGAGAGUGGUUCCAACUUAGGCAUAGAUGGAGGAGUUGUUGCCAAAGGAUUUGGAAUGGAGUCAUGGCCUGAUUUGUCAUUAUCUAACAUUGCUAAAUCUGAUGAGGAUCCCUUGGGUACUGAAGUAUCUAACAGUUUAUCUGAAAUUAGCAAAUAUGAUACUUCAAGGGGGACAAGUCAACUAGAUAAAGAUGCUGAACUUUAUCCAAAUACUCAGGAAGGAAAGGAACAAGGUGAUUUUGUUGACUAUGGGUGGGCUACCAUUGGAAGUUUUGAUGAUCUUGAUCGCAUAUUCAGUAAUGAUGACACUAUAUUUGGUAACGUAAGUAUUGGUAAUUAUGAUGGGUUAUGGUCUUCCUCCAAAGAUGAUACUAACAGCCCUGCCAAAUCAGUUCCCAUAUCAUCUGAGUCACCUAGUUUGGGUUCGGCAACAUUAAUGACUGCAUCUCAGCAUUUGGAUGUUAAAACAGAAUGCACGGAACAAGAUGACCAGUCAUGUACUCUCCGCUAUGGGAAAAUUGACAAUUCUUCAUUGCAUGCAUCUCUGGAUCAUGCAGAAGAUGCUGGAGGUAAAAGUAACCCCAUAGCAAAGGAGCAGACAGAUUUAGACAAAGAGAGAAAGGCUAUUGUAACAAGUACUCAGCCAGCUACUGAAAAUGUUGCUACCCCAAAGUUAAAUGAAAAUGCUGAUAAGGUAACUGGGCCAAAAAAGCAAUUAAAGUGUCGUAGAAAGCUGCAGGAGAAAAGUGAGGGGAAGGGUUUGCAAGACUUGUAUGGUUCCUGGUCCUCAUCAAGAAAUCCUUCUAGACAAUUUGAGAACCAAUUGGCAAAAGCCAUGGUUCAAUCUUCUCCCUCUUCAGUUGAUCAGAGGCAGCUUCAUGGACCUGAGUCGUUUCAGUACCAGAACAUCUCAAAUCAAUUUGUGGCCCCUUCUGCAUAUGGAAAUCUGAUGAAUUCAUACUCUUCCAUGCCUGUUCAGUCUCAAAAUCGGUCUGAGGAAUUUAAGCAUCAAUCUAUGCUUCCCAGUUAUGAACUUUCUCCCACUAAUGUGAUUCAUGUAAACAAGUCGGUUGAAGCUCCUGGCAAACCUCUGACCAUGACUCCUCAGGAAAAAAUUGAAAAGUUAAGGAGGCGGCAACAGCUGCAGGCAAUGCUUGCUGUUCAGAAACAGCAGCAACAAUUUAGUCAUCAGAUCUCUUAUUCCAACCAUUCCACCACUCAAAAAUGUCCCCAGGAAAAUCAAAUUCAGCAAUUUGAGGGAGCUGACCUCGAAGUUGAAGAUCUAAGCACUCUGCCUUCUCUGGAGCCAAACUCACCUGUAGAACAAGAUGAUUCCAACACCAUCUCCGCAGCAGUUGAAGAUAACUCCAUGGAGGAAACAAUACUUUUCAGGCUUCAGGAUAUCAUAACAAAGUUGGACAUCAAAGUAGGACUUUGCAUACGUGAUAGCUUGUUCCGCUUGGCUCAAAGUGCGACACAAAGGCAUUAUGCCAGUGACACAGGCAGUAGCAACAAAAGUAGCAAGAAUGAACACGAAGGUGUUGCAAAGGAUGAAAUCAAUAGUCGGAACAGAUAUUCAAAGAUGCCUGAUGUUGGAACAGAGACCAAUCCCAUAGACCGAACUGUGGCUCAUUUGCUCUUUCAUAGGCCUUUGGAAUUGUCAGGUAAACAUCCUGAGACACCAGAGUCGCCCAUUUCUAAUAAGUUUCCCUUUGAACGGAGAACGGCAGCGAUUGUGAACAUGCCAUUAGGAUCCUUGUCCGAGACUUCAAAAGACAAACUGUCUCUCCCUCACCAACCAUCUAAAGAUUGUUCUGCAUUGCUCGAGUCCCAGCCUGUGGACCAGUAUAAGAAUAGUCCUUGCAUGGAAACUUCAGAGAAUGCAUCUAACAAUGGACUGACAGAUGGUGGAGCUAUGGCAGUUGAAUCUUCUCAAUGAGCAGAGAUGUAAUCCAAAACUAUGCAAGGGUAAAUUCCUUCCUUUAUCUCUUUCAUGCAUGUUAUUAUUAAUUAAUUUUCCUCGUGUAUGGAUGUAUGGAUUUACUGGUAAUGUAGAGGUUGUAUUUUAUUGUCAGCCUACUGGAUCUUUCAUGAAAAUGUCGAUCAUGGUGCCUCAGACAACAUUACCAAGUUGGAUCUUUUUAGAGUCAAGCAGCAUCUAUGCAUGUUAGAAGGAUUGAGUUCAGUUUAGCUAUAUUUCUAUUGUCCUAAGUCAGACUGGUCUAUUAUCGUCGGCAUACUUGACAUAUUUAAGACCAUAUUUGAUAAGUCCAUCGUUAGAUGUGUAUUAUUGUGUGAUGGAUGAAGGGAUUAAGCCGCUAAACAUCCAAAAAUCUCAGCGGAUUUUGUGAAAUCCGGCAUUUAAUUAUAUACUUAUAUUUCCAAUUUA